AUGGCUAAUCUCGCUGUGGUAAAAGAGCCAGCAACGGCCAUGAAGUCCAUAGGCCAGAAAUCACAAACUCCCAACGACUACGGGACCCCGAACUUACUGUUCCUUUUUUAUAUCCCACCUGUACCGGAUUCGGAGAGAGAGAAGCUCAACUCCCUCAAAGCCGACAUCCAGUCUUGGUUCGCCUUCGAAGCUGGCAAGGCAGAGCUCCAGGUCGAGGACCGGCUAGAAGCCGGCGAACUCACCGCAGAUGAUUCCGCGGCCUUGAGAGUGAAAAGGACGAUUUAUCGCGCAAAGGUCGUCAAUUUCUACAGGAAUGACGGCCAGGCAUGGGCGCCGAGAUCCAGCGCUGACAAGGGCCAGCGAGAUAUUACAGCAAAGAAGCAGGAUAUGAAUGGAGUAAUCCGCAAGGAGCUUCUGGAUCACUAUAUCAGAUCCGGCGUCGUUCCAGCGCAGUUUUCAUUCAUCCUGCAGGCAGUGAACCUGCUCAUUGCCGCGAAUCCGGAUUGGGAGCACAAGUAUCUGUUUACACAUGUCGUGUUCAAGUACAAUGAUGCUAAGAAAGCCAUCACACCAUACAUUUUCGUUUCCGACUUCGAAGUCAAGCUGCCCGAGCUACAAGAUGACGACUCGGAGGAGUCAGUAGCCAUUGACUACAGUGACUACAAGCUGGACUUUGUGCGGGCCACCUGGGAUAAGACAAAAGGUGAAGCCAAGGACUUUAUUGCAUCGGGAGAGAGGAUUUGUAGGCAGAUGUCGCUAGAGCUUUGUAUCAAUUAA